AUGCAGCUCCGAAGCGGUAAGCGCAAGAUCGACGCGUACCAGCCCACGUUCGAUCCCAACUUGGAUAUCGCGACCGUGGUCUUCUCGCACGUGCAGUGCGUCGGGACCCGCCUCAGGCUCGCCCAGGUGAGUAAGUUGUGGAGGGACGCCUCGAAGCUUGCGGCUGGGUACCCUCGCAGGUUCGACUUUAGCGACGCGGAAGCUAAGCACCUCAAGAUGGAGGAUUUGCGGAAGUACUCUUUCUUGAUAGACAACGACGUGGCACUGUCUCUGCCCCGUGAACAGGUCUUCGAGCUUCUGGAGUCUUUCAGGGAGAAGUUGGGCGUUCCCCUUUGGUCUCCACAGGAGUACCUGUUGCACUUUGCUGCCUUCAUCGGGAGUGUAAGGAUGCUAAAAUGGGCGCGGGAGAACGACAUGCUUUGGCCUCCGACGAGUAUUGAUUACGCAUGGCCCGCUGCUUAUCGUGGACACCUGCCCGCUCUCCAGUGGUUGCACGAGAAUGGGUGCCCGAUGGACGAGCGAGCGUGCCUUUACGCCGCAGAAAACAAACAAUGGCACUGCCUGCGGUACCUGGUGGACAACAAGUGCCCCGGGUGGGAACGCUUCAGCGUUCCCAAAACAUACGCUCACCGCCUGAGAUGA